GGUUUUCAUUUUCAUCUUCGUCAUAAUUCAUUCAUACCUUUGUCUCUGCAACUCUCUGAAAUUGCAAAUCUCAAAAGCCUAAAAAGUUAGAGAGAGAGGAAAAAACAUCAAUUAUUCACUUUCUUCUUCUCUCUCUUUAUUGCCAGCUCUUCAACUUGUCCUCCCAUAACCUCUUUCUUCUUUUUUCUUUCUUUCUCUCUCUCACACACACACCAUCAUCAUCAUCACACCCUGAGAUCUCAGUGGAUUAUUUUCGAACUUCUCGACGAUUUUUGCUGAAAAAACAGUACUUUAGAAGGAAGUUUCAGCUAUGUCUAGCGCUACUAAAGGGUUGGAACCAGCAUUCCAAGGAGUAGGCCAAAAAGUAGGGACUGAAAUAUGGAGGAUUGAGAAUUUUCAGCCAGUUCCAUUGCCAAAAUCUGAUUAUGGGAAAUUCUACAUGGGAGAUUCUUACAUUAUCUUGCAGACAACACAAGGCAAAGGAGGCAAUUAUUUGUUUGAUAUUCACUUCUGGAUCGGAAAGGAUACAAGUCAGGAUGAAGCUGGAACUGCAGCCAUUAAAACUGUUGAAUUGGAUGCAUCCCUUGGAGGACGUGCAGUGCAGCACAGGGAAAUCCAAGGGCAUGAGUCUGACAAGUUUUUGUCAUACUUUAAGCCAUGUAUUAUACCAUUAGAAGGAGGUGUUGCAUCUGGCUUCAAAACACCAGAAGAAGAGGAGUUUGAAACGCGUUUGUAUGUAUGCAAAGGAAAAAGAGUUGUCAGAAUAAAACAGAUCCCUUUUGCACGGUCUUCGCUGAAUCAUGAUGAUGUAUUCAUCUUAGACACUAAGGAAAAGAUUUAUCAAUUCAAUGGUGCAAAUUCCAAUAUUCAAGAAAGAGCAAAGGCUUUGGAAGUUAUUCAGUUGUUGAAGGAAAAGUAUCAUGAAGGGACAUGCAAUGUUGCAAUUGUCGAUGAUGGAAAGUUGGAUACCGAGUCAGACUCUGGUGAAUUUUGGGUCCUCUUUGGUGGUUUUGCUCCCAUUGGGAAGAAGGUCAUCAGCGAAGAUGAUAUUGUUCCAGAGACCAUUCCUGCUCAACUUUACAGUAUUGCUGAUGGUGAGGCCAAGUCUGUGGAAGGUGAACUCUCUAAGUCACUAUUGGAGAACAACAAAUGCUAUUUACUGGACUGUGGUGCUGAGGUGUUUGUCUGGGUUGGCCGAGUAACACAAGUUGAUGAAAGAAAAGCUGCUUGUCAAGCUGCUGAGGACUUUGUUACAAGUCAAAAAAGACCAAAAGCUACAAGGAUAACAAGGGUUAUUCAAGGUUAUGAGACACAUUCAUUUAAAUCCAACUUUGAUUCUUGGCCAUCAGGAUCUGCUUCCACUGCUGGCGCCGAGGAAGGAAGAGGAAAAGUUGCAGCUUUGCUGAAGCAACAAGGUAUGGGUGUCAAGGGAGCUGCGAAAAGUACUCCAGUUAAUGAGGAAAUUCCACCUUUGCUUGAAGCUGGUGGAAAAUUGGAGGUAUGGAUAAUCAAUGGAAGUGCUAAGACUCCAUUACCUAAGGAAGAUAAUGGUAAAUUUUAUAGUGGAGAUUGUUACAUAGUGCUUUACACUUACCACUCUGGUGAGAGGAAGGAAGACUACUUCUUGUGCUGUUGGUUUGGAAAACACAGCAUUGAGGAGGAUCAAAAGAUGGCUACUCGGUUGGCUACUACAAUGUCCAACUCCCUAAAGGGUAGACCUGUUCAGGGUCGCUUAUUUGAUGGUAAAGAAUCACCACAGUUUGUUGCUCUUUUCCAACCUAUGGUUGUCCUCAAGGGAGGAUUGAGCUCCGGUUACAAAAAAUUAGUUGCUGAGAAAGGUUUGCCAGAUGAGACUUACUCAGCAGAGAGUAUUGCUCUUAUUCGGAUUUCUGGAACAUCCACUCAUAAUAAUAAAACAGUGCAAGUUGAUGCAGUGGCAACAUCAUUGAAUUCUACCGAGUGUUUUCUUCUGCAAUCUGGCUCAACAGUUUUUACUUGGCAUGGCAACCAAUCUUCUAUUGAACAGCAGCAGCUUGCAGCAAAAGUUGCUGAGUUUUUAAGGCCAGGAGUUGCUUUAAAGCAUGCUAAAGAAGGAACAGAAACCUCAGCUUUCUGGUCUGCUGUUGGAGGAAAACAAAGUGUCACUAGCAAAAAAGUCACUAAUGAUAUUGUUAGAGACCCACAUUUGUUUACUUUGUCAUUUAAUAAAGGAAAAUUACAGGUAGAAGAGCUUUACAAUUUUUGCCAGGAUGAUCUGUUAACAGAAGAUAUCCUCGUACUUGACACACAUGCAGAAGUGUUUGUUUGGAUUGGUCAGUGUGUGGAUACAAAAGAAAAGCAAAAUUCUUUUGAAAUUGCCCAGAAAUACAUAGAAAAGGCUGCAUCUCUGGACGGACUAUCUCCUCAAGUACCACUAUAUAAAGUUACCGAAGGGAAUGAACCUUGCUUUUUCACAACAUAUUUUUCUUGGGAUCAUGCAAAAUCUACGGUCCAAGGAAACUCAUUCCAGAAAAAGUUGGCAUUGUUAUUUGGGAUUGGUCAUUCUGUUGAGGAAAAAUCUAAUGGGUCAAGUCAAGGGGGACCACGACAAAGAGCAGAAGCUUUGGCUGCCUUAAAUAAUGCAUUCAAUUCAUCUCCCGAGACAGCACCCAGUACGGAUAGAUUGAAUAGCUUAAAUCAAGGAGGACCAAGGCAAAGAGCAGAAGCUUUAGCUGCCUUAAACUCUGCAUUCAGUUCAUCAUCGGGAACUAAAGUUGUUACACCUAGGAAAUCUCCUAGAGGUCAAGGAUCACAAAGGGCAGCUGCAGUAGCUGCUCUUUCUAAUGUUCUCACUGCUGAAAAGAAGAAACAAUCACCUGACGGUUCUCCUGUGGCAAGCAGUAGUCCUGUUGUUGAAAGUAACACUCCCGAUGCUAAAAGUGAAACUGCCCCUUCUGAAUCGGAAGGUCCUGAAGAAGUUACAGAAACCAAGGAGGCAGAGGAACUUGCUCCUGAAACUGGUAGCAAUGGAAAUUCAGAAACAAAACAAGAAGACGUGGAGGAUGGAAAUGAUAACCAAAAUAGUCAAAGUGUCUUCACUUAUGAGCAAUUAAAGGCUAAAUCUGGGAGUCAUCUGUCUGGAGUUGAUCUUAAACGCAGGGAGGCUUAUCUGUCAGAAGAAGAGUUUCAAACCGUGUUUGCGAUAUCAAAAGAAGCAUUCUCUAAGUUACCAAGAUGGAAGCAAGACAUGCUGAAAAGAAAAGUUGAUUUGUUCUAGACAUCCAGUUAUUACAAUGUGCUGCUUAUGCGCAUCCAAAUAUACCUUUCUUGAGUUGUCUUGAAAUGCAGUUAUCUGUUGAAUGGUGUGGUUUUUUUUUGGUAUAUACCAUACUUGGAUUCCUAUGCAUAUCACUUUGGUUUUGGCCUAUAAUGGACGUAGCUAUGGUUAGUGUGGAGAUUGAUUUAUAGUUUCUCUGUUUAAGUUGAUGAUGUCUCAUCCUCUUGUAAUGUUCACAUAUUGUUGUAGCAACAAAGACAGUGAACGCUGGACAGGUUUUAUUCUUACAUUUGGUCAAGUUUGUAUUGUUAAGGUGUGGUUUUGAUUUUCUUUUGUUGCUAUUGGUUAGGUGGCGGGUGUAUAUGUAUUGCAUGUUAUACUGUGAAUCUCAAUAUAAAAGAAUGAAAAUUUGUUGGUUUGUUA